GGCUUGUGGCUUAUCUUAUCACCGACGCCAACGCAUUCCAGACCGGCCCAAUGACAGCAACAGUCCGAUGUAACUGACGCAUUGUCUCUUCCGCCGUCCAGGGUUCAUCUGGAAUCCUGCCUUGUCGACAUGGCCAUUCGUUUCAUCCCUUUGGCACAUCCCGGCUCUGGAUGCACCACGAGGUAGUCAUUACGUGUUUGUCCGCUGUCCAGUGGUUACCACUCUAUGCGCAAUCCUUCAAUUCCCCUCUGCUUUCCGCUAUCGAGCUCCCUUGAUGACUGGCAGCCUAAGAAGCGCUAGUAUCGACCGCUAUCAGUGAUGCUGGCUGGAGCGCGCUCCUCAUAAACAUACGGACAUUCGCCUGGUGAGCUGAAGACCUGGUGAUCAACAAUCUACAGGUGUCGACCAUGGAGAACGAGGCGCCUUUUGCUGUGGACGCGGAACAGGACGCCCGGUUGCGCGCGUCUACGGCAUCUAAUGUCGCUGGUAAUAUUCCUGCCAUAGACCCCACGGACCAGGGAGGUAAGGGCGACAUCAGGGAGACUGUUCAUGAAGACACGCCGCUACUCUCAAGUGAAGGCGCCCAAACCCGUUUUGGGGCAGCAGGGCUGCCCGGUGAUGGGGACGAUGGACGGCACGAAACUCCUUGGCUAGGAGCAAAGGAAUUCGAGGCAAAGCCCUGGUGGAGAAGACCAUCGAUCUGGUGGCUGCUACCGCCAUUGUUGCCCUUCACGAUAGCAUACGGAGGAAUCGCGGUGCCCAAGAUCAAUCUCAUUCUUAGUCUCAUUUGCAGAGACUAUCUUUCCGAGAGGGCUUCCAGAGAUCCUGGAUUCACCUAUCUGCCCGUUCUUUUCGGGAAAGACAACGAGCAAUGCCAGAUACCAGAGGUGCAGUCUCUAGUUGCUCGGUUUCAACUUUAUUACAACCUGAUAUCAGGUAUUCUGUCGGCGGUGGUCAGUCCUCGACUGGGUCGGUUUUCAGAUCGGCACGGAAGGACAAAGGUCAUCGCGUUGACAGCAUUUGGUUCUAUCCUGGGAGAGAUUGUCACCCUCGUUGUGGCGGCAAAGCCUCAAUCUUCGUCAGUCAAUCUGCUCCUUGUCGGUGCUUUCUUCGACGGGUUGUGUGGUUCCUUCACUACCGCCCUGGCCCUGGUGCAUUCAUACGCCUCGGACUGCACUGCCCCUGAGAACAGGAAUGUGGCCUUUGGCUACUUCCACGGGGUCUUAUUCACGGGCGUUGCCGCUGGGCCUUUUCUAGCUGGAUAUGUCAUAAAGCGCACGGGAAAGAUCAUUGGUGUCUUUGCAGCGGCCUUGGCAUUUCACACCUUCUUCUUUCUCAUGCUGAUUUUCGUGAUCCCUGAGUCGCUGUCCGAGGAGCGGCAACGGAUUGCUCGCAACAAGCAUCUCAUGAAGCGCCUGGACAGCGAUGGCUCGCGCCGGUUGUCUCUCAGAGACCUACACCCAGCAAAUCUAUUUAGACCUCUCACGAUUCUAUUCCCCAAAGGAGACCAUGUUCACGCUCUUACCUCUGACGGGCGGGCAGCAGUCUCUGCCUUGCGGAAGAACUUGAUUAUCCUGGCUGCCAUUGAUACUGCCAUGUUCGGAGUGGCUAUGGGCACCGUCCAGGUCAUCAUCAUCUAUGCCGAGUACAUGUUCGACUGGGGCAACUACGAAUCAAGCAUAUUUGUCUCACUAGUCAACAGCGUGCGAGUAAUCAACCUGCUCCUCGUGCUUCCCGCAGUCACACGACUUGUCCGUGGAAAGCGUACCGGAUCGCAGCCAAACACCGGAUCGGACAUGCUUGAUAUCGUCCUCAUCCGGCUGUCAAUCAUGUUCGACAUGCUUGGAUAUAUCGGGUACUCCGUCGUGAGAACCGGGUCCUUAAUGACACUUUCCGGCAUGGUGGCCGCCCUCGGCGGCAUGGGAUCGCCAACGCUGCAAUCAUCCCUCACGAAGCAUGUCCCUCCGGACCGUACAGGACAACUACUUGGCGCAAUGGGCCUAUUGCACGCUCUGGCGCGGGUCGUCGCGCCAGCAGUAUUUAAUCUAAUAUAUAGUUUGACGGUUGGGAAAUUCACGCAGACCGUGUUUGUCUGUUUGGCUUCCGUAUUCGGGCUUACAUUCAUUCUGAGCUGGUUCAUCAGACCCCAUGUAUACCUGGAUUCAUCCCCUUCUCCCAGCAGACCGGCUGAGCCGUCUGAUCCUCUGCUCAAUGAGGAUGCGUUAUCCGAGAAUUAAUCGGCCUAGGGCAUAAGAACGGAACGAACACAGUUAUUGAUGUUUUUGCUAUAGUCCAUUUGGGUUUGAGUUGGAAUUCUAAGCGAGGAACGUUGGAGGUCUUGUUGAUCUUUUGGCUAUUAGAGUUCCCUUGUCCGGUUUGAGUUGCAUGCACCUAUGGAACACUAGAAUUUAUUCAACAUGUUGCAUGAUGAAGGAGUAUCGUCAUGCUGAUCGCUUUUUUGAAAGAAAAGUAUACAUUAGGUAUCGUCAUAAUACUAGUCCCAAGUCAAUUAAUUUCGAACCGGAUCUAACACAACUUGUGGUGUUGAAAAUCCUCGAUACGCAGUCUUAUAUAAUUCCACAGUUGGUACUUCUGCAGUUACCAUAAAAUAGUCAUCACACUGACACAAUAAUAAUGAGUCAGUCCAGUUAAUAAUAAUCAACGUAAAA